AUGGAGCAGUUACUCACACUUGUUUUGAUAAUUGUGCUUAUCGGUUCGACUCGUGCUGCCCCACCUGGCGGGACUCGAACGUUUCAAGUGGACAAUACAGACGCCCGGCUUACUGUUCCACAACUAAUCACAAAGUAUGACUAUCCAGUGGAAGUUCAUCACACCACAACCGAAGAUGGCUACAUGUUGGAGUUGCAUCGCAUUCCCAGCUCACCUGGAUCGCCUGUCGUAUUUCUUAUGCAUGGCUUGCUAUGUAGCUCAGCUGAUUGGAUUCUUAUUGGUCCAGGAAACGGCUUGGCGUACCUCCUCGCCGACCAGGGGUAUGACGUAUGGAUGGGAAAUGCUCGAGGCAAUCGAUACUCCCGAAGGCAUACAACGCUUACGCCAAAUAUGCAUGCAUUUUGGCAGUUUUCCUGGCACGAAAUAGGCUACUACGAUCUACCCUCGAUGAUUGAUUACGCCUUGACUAAGACCAAUCAAAGCAAACUGCAUUACAUCGGACAUUCACAGGGGACCACCGCAUUUUUCGUAAUGGCGUCAACCCAGCCGGAGUAUAACGAAAAGAUUCAAAUGAUGCAAGCCCUCGCACCGGUUGCGUUCACUGAAAACAUACGAAGUCCCCUGCUACAAGUCAUGUCACGGUUUCAGAACACACUCACGGCUCUGUUUGAAACUUUCGGUGUGGGGGAGUUCCUUCCAAGCUCUUCCAUUUUACAGGAAAUUGCGCAAUUGUUGUGCUCGAAAGACGUCGUCUCCAAUUUGUGUUUGAACGUGAUUUUCCAGCUAACUGGGGCCGAUCCCAAUCAAAUAGAUGUGCAAAUCGUCCCUAUUCUUGUUGGACAUAGUCCAGCUGGAGCGUCCACCAAACAGGUGGUGCACUUUGCCCAGGGCAUGCGAACGCAUCAAUUCCAGCGAUAUGACCACGGGAAGAUCAAAAACCUGGUCAUGUACGGAGUGCCGCAGCCACCGGUGUAUAAUGUGAGUGACAUCACAGCGCCGAUUGUGCUGUACUACGGAUUGAAUGACUAUCUGGCCGAACCGAUGGAUGUUAUAAAGUUCUCCGGCAUGGUUCCGAAUCUGGAGGAGUGUAAGCAGGUGGAGCUGCGCAGUUUCAAUCAUUUAGAUUUUCUCAUCGCCAAAGAUGUUAAGUCACUGCUGUACGAUGAGGUAAUAGAGCGAAUUAAAAAGUGGAAAACAUGAAGAAAAAAAUGCGAAUCUCGAAACAUUGUACUGAAGAAAUAUAUGAAUACUUAUUGAUAAAGAACGCCU